AUGGACCUAGAUGGAGUUCACGAGGGGGAAGAGACAGCACCAGAGGACACGUCAGCAGGAGCGGAGGCCGCGCGCUUCGUGGUGGGGUCCAGGAUAUGGGUGGCGCAUGAGAAGGCGGCGUUUGCUGCAGCUGAGGUCACGGCGGUGCAGGACAAUGGGGAGACCGUUGAGGCCAUUCUCGUGGAUCCCAAGGGGGACGACAAGGUGCUCAUCCCCGCGCGGGAGUGCUUCCCCAGGGAGGAGGACGAGGAGAAGGACCCCAAGGAUGACAUGGUGAAGCUGGACCACCUGCACGAGCCGGGCGUGCUGCACAAUCUCAAGCGGCGCUACGUGCGCAACGCCAUCUACACGUACACAGGCACCAUUCUCAUCGCAGUCAACCCCUUCAUAUACCUGCCAGGCCUCUACCACCCGCAGCUCAAGAGCCAGUACCGCAACGUGCCGCUGGGGCAGCUCAGCCCACACGUAUUCGCCAUUGCGGAUCAUGCUUACAGGUCCAUGCGGGAGGCGGGGCGCAGCCAGUCGGUGCUGAUCAGUGGGGAGAGCGGUGCUGGCAAGACAGAGACCACCAAGCUGGUCAUGGAGUACCUGGCGGGGGCAGGGGUGGCGGAUAAGGCUGCUGCUGCUGCUGCUGGGGCUGCAGGGGCUGUGGGCAUGGGGGGCGGGAGGAGAGGGAGGCGGGGAGGGGUGGAAGCGGUUGUGUCUGCUGAAUCGACCCAGUGUGUUGAGAGAGUGCUGCAGUCGAACCAAGUCCUGGAGACGUUUGGGAACGCCAAGACAGUGCGCAAUAACAACUCGAGUCGCUUCGGCAAGUUCAUUGAGAUUCACUUCGACAGUGACGGCAGGGUGACAGGGGCAGCUAUUAGAUCGUACCUGCUAGAGCGGUCCAGAGUGGUGCAGAUCAGUAGCCCUGAGCGCUCCUACCACUGCUUCUAUCAGCUGCUCUAUGGGGCCACACCCGAGGAAGCAGAAAAGUAUUCUUUGCCCACAGAGGGAGAGCGAGGAACAAAUUUUUACUACUUGGCGCAGAGCGACUGCUACGAGCUGCCCGGAAAGAACAGCAACGCGAUGGAGUAUGAAUCGACACGCAACGCUAUGAACGUGAUGGGGUUCGACCCACGCGAGCAGGAGGGCAUAUUUGCAGUGGUGGCGGCCAUUAUGCAUCUGGGCAACGUGGACUUCAUGCAGCCAGAGAGCACGGAUGGCACAGGAGAGCUGCCCCCUCUGGUGGCAAAGAACGACAAGGCAGAGGCUGCAGUCAAGACUGUAGCACGCCUGCUCGAGUGCGACGAAACCGCGCUGUGGGACUCGCUGGUCUCUCAGACGCGCAAGUUCGGGCGGGAGGUCAUUAAGAGCCCGCUGGAUCCCAAGAAGGCGGCAGUCAAGCGAGACACCCUCGCCAAGUUCCUUUACUCGCGCCUCUUCGACUGGAUUGUGUCAAAGGUCAACGAGAGCAUCGGCCAGGACCCCAACCACGCGUCCAUCAUCGGAGUCCUUGAUAUUUAUGGCUUCGAGCACUUCAAAGUCAACAGUUUUGAGCAGCUGUGUAUCAAUCUCACCAACGAAAAGCUGCAGCAGCAUUUCAACUCGCACGUGUUGAAGCAGCAGCAGGAGGAGUACGAGGCAGAGGGCAUAGAUUGGUCUCGGAUUGAUUUCGUUGACAACCAAGACGUGCUCGAGCUGGUUGAAGGGAAUCAAGGUAUUCUUGCACUCCUGGACUCUGCCUGCAAGCUAGACAGCUCCACGCCUGAGACCUUCUGCCAGACGCUCUACAGCACGCUGGGCAAGCACAAGCGGUUCUCCAAAUCCAAGAUGUCGCGCUCUGACUUUAGUGUCAAGCACUAUGCUGGCAAGGUGAAGUACCAGGCAGAGGAGUUUCUGGUAAAGAACCUCGAUGCCCUGGUGCCGGAGCAUGAGGAGCUGCUGGCACGGUCGCACUCUGCCUUUGUGCGAACGCUCUUCCCACCGCCCGAGACCGGGAAGGCAGGGAAGGCCGUGUCCCUGGGGAAGAGGUUCAAGCAAGGCGAGCACGAGGAGCUGCUAGCUCGCUCCCACUCUGCCUUUGUGCGAACGCUCUUCCCGCCGCCCGAGACUGGCAAGGCGGGCAAGGCCGUGUCCCUGGGGAAGCGGUUCAAGGAGCAACUGGGCGAGUUGAUGCGCACGCUCAACGCAACCGAGCCGCACUAUGUGCGGUGUGUGAAGCCCAACAAGGACCUCAAGCCGCAGAAGUUCUCCAACACGCUUGUGGUGGAGCAGUUGCGAUCAGGGGGUGUGCUAGAGGCAGUGCGACUUUGCUCCACGGGCUACCCGGCUCGGCGCACGUUUGAAGACUUUGAGGCACGGUUCAGCCCGCUGCUGCCGAGCCAAGAAAGAAAAAGGCUAGCUGGACAGCACCAGGAGAUGAUUCAAGCAGUUAUGGCCCAGGCAGAGCUGGAAGACUAUCAGAUCGGCAAGACAAAGGUGUUUAUGAAGGGCGUGCAGCUGGUGACGCUCGAGUCUCUCCGUCUCGACCGUAUGAACCUCGCUGCCUCCAAGAUUCAGAGGGCCGUGCGGCUCUUCCUCUGGAAGCAGGAGCGCAAGCGGGCUGCUGUUGUCAUUCAAAAGCACUGGAGAGCCUACCGAGCUAGGAAGCUAUUGAGGGAGUUGAGGGAGGACGCAGCAGCCCUUGUCAUUCAGAAGCACGUGCGGCGUUUCCUAAUGGAGAAGCGCUUCUGGGAGCUCAAGUUUGCAGCGAUCGUGAUUCAGAAGAAUGUGCGCAUGCAGCAGGCGAGAAAACGAUACAUCCUGCUCAGGAGGACGCUAGCUACCAUUGUCAUUCAGCGCUACUGGCGGGGCCAUAGGGUGCGCAAGCCGUGGGGUGCCAUGCGGCGGUGCCUGCAAGUGAAGGUGGCUCGGAUGAGAUUGAAGAAGAUGAAGGAGGCGGCACAGCGGGCGGCACUGCUUGCCCCGGCGCGCACCAAGGUGGAAGCUUCAAUGGACGAGCUGCGCAUCGCUAUGCUGCGCGGCCUCAAGCAACGCGAGGAGAAGAAGCGGCAUGAGGCAGAGGAGUCAGUCAAGCGCCUCACCCACGAGAUGGCAACCUUAAACCACGAGAUCUCUCAGCUAAAAGCCGCUCUUAACAAAGAGAAGCACCGGGCAGAGAAAGCCGAGGAGCUCCUGAAACUCGUCCCCCGCAGCGUUUUACAGCAGACUGUCGCCCACCAGGGCUUCCCCCGUGCACUUUCCCGAACGGGAAGUGUUUCCUCUUAUAGCAACUACCUCCGAUCCAGGGGUCCCACUGCCCCGUCCAGCCCCAAGGUUGAAGGAGGGGGGUGGGGAGCAGGCGGCGGAGGGGCAGAAGGGGAAAGAGGAGGAGGCGGGGGAGUGGGAGCAGAGGCUACUGGGAGCGUUUUGUCUGCAGCAGCAGCGGCGCUUGGCGGCGGGCAUAGCAGUAGCGCGGGGGGUCCAACAGAGCAUCCCACAGAGCAUCCUGAGUUGAGAAUCCCGGCUGCUCGAAGCAAAGGCGGAGGGGGAUCAGGAUCAGUGCCUGCUGCCCGGUCUCUCCGACCCAGCCCGAGCGCCAAAAUCUCGCCUUCUUUCUCCUCCGCAUCCUCCUCCCUGUCGGGAAGUCCAUCGGUGUUUGUGCCUUCUGCUCGAUCUCUCCGACCCAGCCCGAGCGCCAGAAUCCCACCUUCUUUCCCCCCUUCCUCCGUGUCGGGAAGUCAAGCGGUUGGGCGCGGUUCAGUGGUUAAGCCGCCGCCAUCUCGAGGGCCUAGCGUGGGCGGCAGCAGUGGUGGUGGUGGUGGCUGUAGCGGCGAUGGGAUGCACAGCCCGCUACAGCCGGGCCCAGAGCUGCUUGUUGCUGCUGGGGAGCAGACUGGGAGCCUAAGUGCAGGUGGUGAUGGCUCUGGUGAUGAUGGUGCUGCAGUUGCCACUGUAGCCGCUGCUGACGUGGCCGGUGCUGAUUUGGCGAGUGCUGAUGUGGCUGGUGCUGUUAAAACCGGGCUGGGAGCAGACCUGGACGGAGUGCGGCACUCGUGGAAAGUCCUCGCGACCCUCUCUGAUGAUGACGUGGCAGCUCCUCCUGCUGCUGCUGCGUGGCAGCAGGCUUCCCAAGGCAGUCGAAGCACCUCCCACGUGGUCAGCGGCACCACCCGCAGCAACAGCCUGCAGAAAGCAUUAGCAGGGACAGGAAGCAUGUCAAUGAAAGAAGGCAGGUUGGGGGCCGCUGGGGGGAUCGGCAGCAGCAGCAGCAGGAACCUUGGGGGGAACAGCAGCAAGGGUUUCUCAGGGAGCGGCAGUGGCAGUGGGAGCGGAAGCAGGAGCGGGAGGGGGAUUGCAGGCAGCAGGUCAAUGCGAUGGGGCGCACAUGCGUCUCGGCUGAGCCAUAUGUCCACUGCAGGAGAGGUGGGAGAGGUCUCUGCUGCCAUGGGGAUCUUCAUGGUUGCUACAACUCGGGAGGAAGGCUUGGGAGGUUUGAAAGAGGAUGGAGCAGAGGGAGGAGGAGGAGGAGGAGCAGGAGAAGCGGCAGCAGGAGGAGCGGAAGCAGGUGGGAAAAGCAGCAGCCCUUGGUCUCGCGUGCGUGCUCUGGCCCCCAAGAUCCUGCAAGUCGCGUCUGAAACAGGCGCAGGCGGAGCAGGAGGAGGAGGAGCAGUAAGAGGAGCAGGAGGGAUGGGCAUGGGCAUGGGAGGGGGUUCAUCCUCGUCAUGGAGUGGCAUGUUUGCAGCUAUGGCACGCAGUGUGGUACAGUUAGAGGAGCUUAGAGAAGAGGUGGUCGCGAUGAGAGGGGCUUUGGGGGAGACGGAGAGGAGGCUACAGGAGGCAGAGGAGAGGGCGGAGAGGGCGGAAGGGGAGGUGCGGGAGAAGGGAGAGGAGGUGGAGGAGUUGAGAGGGCAGGUGGGCAAUCUUAUGGAGCGACUCAAGAGCAAGGACAACGACGUGCGCCAGCUGUCAGAAACCCUCUCGCAGCACCGCGCCCAAUCGGCCUCCGCUGCUGCCGCCGCUACUGCACAUUCUUCUAGCACAGCUGCCAUUUCCGCACAUCAUGCUACCGCACAUUCUGCCGCACAUUCUGGUGUGCAGUCAACAGGGGGACCAGCACCAGCAGCAGCGCCGGCAGCAGCAGGAGCAGCAGGGUUCAAGCCCGCUCUGGCCCGAUUUGCAGCGGCCAAUCUAGCCCCUGUGAAAACCGCUCCUGGUGGUAAGGCGACCCCCAGUGGCGGUGUUUCCCCCCGCCCCAUUCCCCCCAUCUCCGUUCACUCCUCCUACCCCCAGCCCCCCGCCUCGCCAACUCACCCCCAGCAACCAGCGGCAACAGCAGGAGCAGGGGGAGCAGGAGCACAAUCAGGAUCGGAAUCGAGAGCAGUAGAGUCGGGAGCAACAAGUUCGGGAGCAAGAGAGGGAGAGACAGGAGAAGCAGGGUCAAAGGAUUCAGGAGCAAUGGAUUCAGGAGGAGCAGGGGAUUCGGCGUCAGCGCUUGCGGUGUGGAGUGUGGCUCGAGUGGCCAGUGGGGAGGCGAGUGGGGAGAUGAUGGAAAACGCAUCAAAAUCGCUGGCUGCUAUUGAGUAUGAUGACGCUUCCAUUGCUCGCAUCCAGGAAAACCCCCCGGAGUCCGUUCUCAUAUUCCUCACUACGCACAUCAUCGGCCUCUCCCCCCAAGGCCUCCCUCUGGCCGCCCCAGCCAUCUACCGCUCCCUCCUCCACUUUGGUGCCUUCCCCCCCGCCUCCUCCCCCUCCGCCCCCGCCCUCCUCUCCUCCACCAUUCGCCACCUGCAAGCCGCCAUCCUUCCCGAAGAGGAAACCCUUGCCAUUUCGGGAGAAGGGGUGGGGCCGGGUGGGGUGCCGGCUGUGAGGGUGAACGAGCAGUGCUACUGGUUGUCGAAUGUCUCGUGCCUGAUGUUGCUGGUCGAAGUGGUGUAUAAACCUGCUGCUGCUACUGCUGCGGACAAGCCUAAGGCUGCUGCUGGGUCUAACUGGUUCACAAACAUGUUUCAGGCCCCGUCAUUCAGCGAUGCAACUCGUCAGCACCAGCAGCACCAACAGCAGCAGCAGCCAGCACUGGGCUCGGUGGAGUUCCUCGUGUUCAAGCAGGAGCUCGCAGUGCUGCUGGACGAUGCGUUUCUGGAGCUCCGUGCAUCUGUCAACCUUGAAUUGCAGACUCUGGUCUCCCUCUUGGCACAGAGCCCCACCGCAAACGCACAGCACAUGCGCGAGUUCUGGGCGGCAGCGCUUGUCUCGUUGCGGAGCGCGGUGGGGUGCAUGCAAGCCAACCGCGUGCCGACCGUGCUGGCCCGCCAUCUCCUCUGGCAGGUGUUGCACUUCCUGGACGUGCGCCUCUUCAACGGCCUCAUGCUGCGAAGCCACUGGUGUCCCAUCACACUCGCCAACGGGGAGGCCAUGGAGCAAGGGCUGCUGGCGCUGGAAGCAUGGCUGUCAGAGCACGUGCACCCGUGGCUGGAUGGGGCAGCAGCGGGCAUGGGCAUGAGCAGGAGCGUGGGGAGCCUCGGAGCAGGCACUGCUGCUGGAAGCGUGGGGGGAGGAGGGUCACGGGCGAUGCUGAUUGACGCUCUUCAACACACGUACCAGGCAGUGGUAUUGCUGACCUCAAAGCAAAAGGCACGUAAGACCAUGGAGGAGGUGGUGUCGAUGUGCCCCUCGCUCAACUUCACGCAGCUCACCAUCCUGUGCUCGUGGUUUGAGGACGAGGUGUACGGAUCCCGGGGGUUCGACAGGGCCGUGCUGCAGCAGCUGAGAGGAGCAGGGGAGGACUACGAAUCUGAACUGCUUGAGGCGUUUGAAGGUCACGCAUCCGCAUGCACCCCGCCAAUGUCUGUCACACCCCUCUUCACCCCUCUUUGCCCAUCGUCACCCCUCCACAUUCCCAUCCCGGCCAUUCACCCCCACAGCUGUGGUGGCAGCAGUGCCGCCCAUCAACUCAUUCCCCGUCCACUAUGUCCCUUUCACGCCCAUCCACACCCCGCCAAUGCCUGUCACACCCCUCUUCACCACUGUUCACCCCUCUUCAUCCCUCCUCACCCCCUCCCCACCCCCAGCCUACCAUUCACCCCCACGGCUGUGGUAGCAGCAGUGCCGCCAAUCAACCCGUUCCUCGUGCCACCGCCGCAGUUCCUCCCUCCCGCCCCUGCAUUCGACUUCCUUCGCCAACAGCAGCCGCAGUAA